GGACCUCAGUCCGUUACGACUCACGAGUCACAGCUCACAACCACCCUCUCUCUCUCUCUCUCCACUUAUCUCCUGAGAAAGCCUGAAACUUCUGUAAAAUUCAAUCUCCGCAUUAGGGUUUUCCAAACAACCCCACCACAGCAAACCACGCCGAGACGAAACGGCGCAAUUUCGCUCUCCGCCACACACACAAUACACCCUUAUCGUGGACCCUGCCGCACCAGAUAUUUAGGGUUUUCAUGUUCUGCAAAGCUUUCAUGUCUUAUGAAUGGAGAGCAUUGCCUUCAGUCUCUCAUCUCCCCAAAACUUCUUCGUAGCGCUCGUAAUCACUUUUCUCUCCUUCUUCCUCGCUCUCCUCGCCGUCCGAUCACUCCCUUUCAAACCCAAAUCAGGUGGCUCGGCUACCGACCUGUCGACGUCGAAUAAAAACGAAAAGCUGCGAGCUUGCUGUGCUUGCAACUGUAACGACGUCGUCUCCGGCUCCGAUUCGGAGCCGCUGAGGACGCCGCACUUGAACGGCGGGACCGGUCCAGACGUGACGGAAAAGACGGCGAAGGCGAUUACGGAGCGGCAGACGGGCGCGUCGAUGAUGGAGCAGCUUGUUCCGGAGAUUACGACGCACGCGCUUAGCUACUUGGACUAUCCGAGCCUCUGUAGGCUUUCGAUGACCAAUUCGCUCAUGCGAAAGGCCGCGAAUGAUGAUAAUGCGUGGAAAGCGCUUUAUCAUAAGGACUUCACAUUGGAACAGGAUGGUAUAACACCAGUUAAUGGGUGGAAGGCUUACUAUGCUGCUACAAGAGCGAUUGUGAAUGUCAAUACUGAAUUCUUUAACUUCAUCAGAGAAAGGUCACUUGCAGAAAUGAGUCGUUUAUGGCUGAAUGCAGACUAUGUGAAGUGUGUUCAUGCCUCAGGAGAACUCUUUUCAGGGUAUAAUGCAGUAAUACAGGGUUGGCGACUUGCGUUUGAUUGGGAGCAAGGGGCCAACUUUCAGAUUCGGGAUGUGCGUGCUCGGGUUCUGACAGACAUGGCUUGGGUUACCAUGAAAACUUAUUUUGAAAUCGAUAUCAAGCCAUUCAUUGUGACCAACGUCUUUGAGUUCCAUAAUGGGCGAUGGUACCUGGUGCAUCAUCACAGCUCUGAUAUGAAUGGAGAGGUAGAACAGCCGAUUGUGCAGGGGCAAUAAAGAAAGGAAGAUAUGAUGAUAUCGAUUAUAUACUUGAUACUAGUUUUGAAAAAAGAAAGAAAAGAAAAAAAAAGAAUAGUGGGUAUCUUUUGCAGGAGCAAAGUCGCUUUAACUUUCACUAUAUUUUUCCUUGCAAGAUGCUGUUAAUUUUUCCAACCUCAGUUUUGGUUGUUUUCUGUUCAAGAGGUUUAUCCGUUUCUUUUCUCAUCCUCUCAUUGUUA